AAAUAUUUUAAUAUGAAAGUUGGUUUUAUGUUUAGCUCCAACCGAUCAACAAAAUUCAAUGUAUCAGCCAGUGAGUGACAGCUAUGCCAACAGUAACGGUAUUCCUGUCGUUCCAGUACCUGUUCCAAGCAUGAAGGAAUCAGCUGAUAUAGUGAAUUUCCACGCGAAUCAACGUUUACGUUUGACUCAAUCAACUCCUGGCAGCCCACAAGAGCAUGGACGACCGACUUCAUUCGAUGUGAUUGGUUCAGCUGAGAGUCUUGUUGGACGAGUUCUUGUUGAACAGGGACUUGGAAAAUUUUGUGAUCCCGAUUUUAUUCGAUAUACAUCGCGUGAAAUGCAAGAAGCUUUAAAUAUGACCAGUGAAGAAAUGGAUAUGGCUGCACAUCAGCUCAUACUUCAAAAUCACUUGGCAAAUUCCUAAAUUGCCUAGAAUCAUUGUUCCGCUUUAGAUUGAUAUAUAAACUAUUUGGUAGGAUGAAAAAUAUAAAUAUUUUUAAACACCAUAAAUUUAAUACUGAUACACAAAAAUUGUUUCAAAUAUAAGUGCAACAAAAGAGAUGAAAUUUAAAAACUUAAAAAAAUAUAUAAAUAUUUUACUCUUAUUGGAAAUAAUUUUAUGUUGCACUUUUAUUUGUAAAAAUUUUAAAGAUAGUUUUUCAUCCCACCGACUUACUUAUUAGAAAAGAGUGUCAUAAGAAUAAUACUAAUAUGUGUGUUGUAAAUAUUUGGCCCAACCAGUCACUGCUAUUUUUCUGUUCGAUCAGUUUUCGACUUUUUGCUAAUUCAAACUCAGAAUAAACAGAACUCUUAUCACCAUAUUUUUUUCCUAUUUAUAAAUAAUUUUCCAAAUACUCUUCAUUUUACGUGUUUAGUAUUAAUUGAAUAAUGUAUAUUUUAAUUAAUUUCAAAAUGGGAAGUUGUACAGAAGAGAUUAUUGAUUUAUGUCAAAAUCAUAAAUUCUAAUAAUAAACUCUCUUAACUUCAAAAAAUAAUAAUUUCUUCGACACAGAUAACAACAAAGUAAAAUAAAAACAAAUAAAUCAAACUUAUUCAUAGUCUUUUAAAAUAGCAUUUUAAAAUUAUUGACGCAUGCUGCUCAUUAACAUCAUAAAUAGGAUACUCGUAGAAUCCAUAUUUUCUAUUUAUCCGUUAAUUAUUUAAAAAAAACCUAACUUUAAAAAAAAAACAAAUAUAAUGCAAUCAAAAACGAGGUCAAAUAAUAUAUUUUAAACGAAAUAAUAUUAAAUAUUGAUCGAUAGCCUCAAUAAUAAAAGACCAUUACAAUAAAAUAAUUAACAUUAAAGGAAAUGGAUAAAACCGUUUACCUUGAGAGCAUCACUCAUGAGAGUUGCAAAAAUAAAAAGAAUGAAAAUCACAUCACAGUAUAAGAGAUUUAGUUAUUUGAGAAGAACAUAUAUAUGUUGAUGUCAUAAUUAUCAUUGCUUUUUUUAUUUAGAGUUUUUAGAUAUGCAUUGCAUAUUAUGCAAGCGCAAAUAAAUUUGUUUUGAGAUUUAUAUUAUUUUCCAACGAUGCAUCAUUGCCUAGAUAUAUGCUUUGCAUAAAAAAGCAUAUACAUAUCUGUCUGUAUACGGUCACACAGAGCUGAUGCUUUGUGGCUUACGUAGACUUCAGCGUGUAAAGGAACAGAGUGACGGUGCUGUGUUGUGUAUAACGUAUAUCGUGCGUGUGUAUUCAAUAUGUUAUACGCCACACACAACACAGCUCCGUCGCUCUGUUCCUUUAUACGUUGCAGUAUGCGGAUAUUUUUAUGCUGCCUAUUUUUAUGCAAAGCAUAUAUCUAGGCAAAGAUGAAUCAUUGUUAUUUGCUGUAAAUAAUUGAAAGAAUUUAAUGUGAAUGUAUAUACAAAAGAUUGUGUUUUUAAAACGAAUAUACAGAGGAAAAACGUACCACGAUAGAUUAUUGACCAAUAUAAGUAACAAAUAAAACACAUUUGAUAUAAUAUAUAUUACUCAUAUUUAGAAAUUAUAAUCAAAA